UUUACAAAGGUAGGAGGGAGGGGAUACAGUCAAAAUAAACAGAGAGAACGAUUCAUUUCGUACCUACCAUCCGAUUGAACAAUAAUUUUUAAUAUUUUAUUUCUGAGAAGACUGGGAAUUUUGUGUUCACCGUCGCUCCUGAUCGAUUUUUAUCUCUCUCUCCCUCUUUUUUUUUUUUUUUUUGGAGUCUGCUGAACCACCUUGAACAGUUUUUUCUGCCGGAGGUAAGGGAACGCCCGUGACGUCAAAGGCCUCAUCGAUCUGCUUGUUGCCUGCCUGCGCUCGAGAUGCGAGCUCGCGCGGUCCCGCUGCUGAAGCUGAGACGUGCAUAACGACCCAUGCUCCGCGAAGCUUCGCUGCUUGUUUGAGGAGGAGUGAGGGAGGGUGGGAUGAAGAAGAGGGUGGAAGGGAAGCGGCACGUGCGUGGAGGACGGUUGUAAAAGGCCGUGCGAGUUGGCGAGUGCUAGGUGGGAGAUAGAGAUUGAGGAGAAGCGCCCGCCCCGUGGUCCUGCUCCCCCCGCCGCCUGCAAAACGCUCGCCUGCUCCUCUCUCACCAACCAUGGCUGACUCGCACCCCCGAUGGGGGAUCGCGACUUUUUAAAGGAACUCACAGUUUUGCGCUCAGCUUCAGAAACCGCGUGAACACCAUCCAGGCUGCAGGUGCCGCUGACGCAAGGAGGUGUGUGCACGUGCGUGUGUGUGUGCGUGCGCUCGUGUGUGUGUGUGUGAGCACACGCAGGCGCGCUCGCAUCUUUUUCUCCUUUUUCCUCUCUCUUCCUGUCACAACGCGCUUCCUCGACGGCCGGACGAGACUGGAUAGUGGUGGUGCUUGCUGUUGGUGGUGAUGAUGUGCGGACAGACACCUAUGAACUACCGGCUGGGCCGUAUCUUCUGAAACUCUGGAGCUCUUCAGUUUAAAAAAAAAAGAAAAAACCCAACAUAGGUGCCUUCCACCUGGCAAUGCUCGGAGGAUCACCCCAUCUUCCAAAAGUGCUGGUGUUAGCAAGUUCUCUGGAAUGAGAAAUACCUUUGACCCUUGACUUUCUGUUUUGCUAGUCUCGCACUCUUUUGCGCUGCCACGUCCAGCUUUGUUUUCCUUUCAUCCUUAAAAAAAACCGAAUGACUUUUUGUGAUUCAGUGUGUGGACUGAACAUCCUGCAACACUCUGACCAUUGUGGCAACCUUAAGCGGCGCCUGUCAGUCACGAAUGUGUGUGAGCCGAUUCUAAGAACUGCUGUUUUCACCAAUUUCCAGACGGCCCCGGUUUCAAGAUCAUAGUGUCCUGGACCAUUCCUCCAAAGAACUCGCACUCUAUCCAAGGCUGAUACCCUUUCACCAGUGGUGAAGGAAUGGUGGAACUACCUCUCGUGACCCGCCAGCUUCACACCUUUCAAAGACCGAAGACCCAACCUCAGAGCCUUUUCGCGGCAUCCCUCCUCAUCUUCGCAACCACCAUCAGCAACUCCGCAGCAGCCACCGACUUUCGGGGCCUUACUGGGCUCGUCACACUCGUCUGCCGACACCAGGCAAGGAAGGGCGGCAACAACAGCGUCAUUCAGGUGAAACCCUCACCAUGAGCGACAGCAAGGAAAACAAGUCGCCGCGGAGCAGCACCUCCGACAACCUGCAGCUGCUGACGCUGAAGGACCACUACGACGUGGAGCGCGAGCUGGGCCGCGGCACGUACGGCAAGGUGGUGCUGGCGCGCUGCCAUCAGACCAACACUCAUGUGGCACUCAAACUUCUGCCCAAGACCAGCACCAAGCUGCGAGACUUCCAGCGAGAGUUCCAGCUCAGCUACUUCCUGUCACCUCACGCCAACAUCGUGGACACAUACAACGUGGCCUUCGAAACGCGAUCUUCCUACGUCUUCGCCCAAGAAUUCGCUCCGUUGGGAGACCUCUUCGACGCGAUCCCGCCGCAGCUGGGCAUGUCCGAGGCCGAUGCCAAGGCCGUGGUCAAGCAGCUGGCCUCGGCUCUGGAAUUCAUGCAUAGCAAGCAGCUGGUGCACCGCGACAUCAAGCCGGAGAACGUUCUGGUCUUCUCCGCCGACUUCUCUCGGGUCAAGCUAAUGGACUUUGGCAUGACACGCAAGCACGGCGCCAUGGUGCGGAAGACCAACGGUAGCAUCCCGUACACGCCGCCGGAAGUCUGCGAGGCCGUACGCAACGAGAGCGUGCUGGUGACGUCAGCGGCUGACGUGUGGGCGUUGGCCGUCCUGCUAUUUUGCAUGCUAACGGGCAACUUUCCCUGGGAGAACGCCGACAUCGGCGACGUGUACUUCAAAGAGUUCGUUCUAUGGCAGCGGCGCAAGACCACCAAGCUUCCCUCCCAGUGGCGCCGCUUCACUCCUCGGGCCAUGAAGUUCUUCCGCAAAGCUCUGGACGUCAAACCCGAACGGCGCUGCGACGUCCGAGAGAUCCACAAGUACCUGGCCGACGGCUGGACGCGCAAACCCCGCACCACCACCACCAACGAUAGCGACGACGACUCUGGCUCGUCAGCGUCGUGUGGAGGGCACAUGGACGAGCUCAGCUGCAUGCUACGCGACUACGGCAUCGAGACCCGCGUCGACCGUCGCUUGCGGGAGCGCCGCAUCUCCGAGUGGCUCCUGUCUUUAUGACUAGACCUCCUGAGGGUCAUUCUCAAGCCUUGUCGCAUGCUGGCGGAACUCGUGUCGCUAGUGGCGUGCUGCCUGUGGGGUCUGGUGUUCGGUCACGGUCUGCUGGUGCUGCUGGCCGUCGCGGUGACGCACGCGGUGUGGACGCUGUGGCGAACUAACGUUUUGUCUAACUUUCUUAGGUCGCUCAAUGUAACGUCGCCAGGCCGAGUGUGUCGUUUCUAACCAACGUAGUACAUCUUCCUCCUUCCUCCUCUUCCUACAGCAUCCUCUUUUUAAAAAAAAACCAAACCCAGAUGCAUAUGACUACUUUUAUAGCCGAAUAUUUUUAAAAUCUAGAGACCCUCGUUUACCCGAUCGUGAUGGGGGUAGUUUGUUUUCCUCCCCAGUCUACGGCUGACUAGCAAUAAGUGUGGAUCCAUGCUUUUAUGCAACAAUAGUCGCCGCUCGCCGUCUUUCUCGCUCUGUGAUUGGACAGAACGGACUCAAAACCAAACUUAAAACGCAGAUGAAAAUCUGUAACUGCAAACAUUAGAGAGCUCGAGCCAAGGGUGGAUUCAUUUCGAAAUACGGAAACAAUAGAGAAACGUACCUGGACUUUGUCUGAACACAAAGUCACAUUCCGAGGGAUUUUUUUUUUUUAAUGACUACUUUUUUUAAAGUGAAGCGAAGAGGUCAGAAGUACUUGUCAAUACUCUCUAUCUCUCUCUCUGUUUCGUGGACCCGGCUCAGUUGUUGCUGUUCUGUGAUAAUCAGGCAUACGUCCCUAGAAAGGACGCAGCUUGGGUCUGAGCAGUUAUGAGAUACGACCUCGUGGUCACAGGACUGUAGAACGUGUUGCAUUGUAGGCUUUCUGUGUCUAACCAGGCGUAGCGAGUGGGGUUAGCUGUAACCAACCGUCUCGUGUACUUAUUUCUAUGCCUUCCUACGCUCUGCCAGCAGAUUAGAGCAGUUAGAAGCCUAGAAGUUAGACAAUGCAAUAGCCAGGACUAGCGAAUGCAAUCCUUUUUGUAAAAAACAAACAAAAAAGAUACAAACGUGUCAAUGACUUGGGGGAUCACGAGAAUUUAUUUUGAUAAGCAUUAUUAUUUGUAAACCAACAUGAAAUGGUGUGCGAAUGAUCGCAGAUGCAUGACCCAUCCUUUUGUGAACCUCAUCCUACAUACUAAACGUGAAGUACUUAAUUUAAUUUAGAAUUUUUUUGUGAUCGGUUGAGGUGUGGUGUCGAGUCUUGUGUUAUGCAUUAAUGACAAUGAGGCUUUGUGAACAAGGACACGCUUAUACAGGAAAGAGGUGUGAUUUUUAUUUUUUUUUUUUUUUUUUUUGGCACUAGUUAUGUCUUUUCUGUUCUAAAUUCGUCUGUAAUUGUGAAUAUAAAACUGUUGAUUAGUCAAACUAGACAUACACACAAAGAAAACUCGUUUUCCUUUAUAAACUCGUUGGAAACAGUGGCGAUACUCCAGAUGUGUUUUAGUCAGGUUCAUUUAGCUUCUAUUCAACAGACAUCAGAGCCGAAUGUUCAGACAACCAUUUCCUGAGGAAAUGUAGAUCAUCAGGACUUGUACUGUAGGUACAAAAUUACACUAACUUGUCAAAAAAUGGCAUCUUCCCCUUGUAAGAGAAUAAGCUGGAGACUUGUACAAUACAGACUGAGUACAAGCGCAUUGAUUGAUGAGAUAAGCUAAAUGGCAUCUUUAUUUCUUUAUUUAUCAAUCGAUGUUUGAUUAGGAACGAUUUAACUUAGCAGGUGCAUCCGGCUGACAAACCGUUUUGUAAUUCCAAAAUGUACUUAUUUAUUUAUAUUUUUUUUAAAUUCUGGCCCUGUUUCAGUUAAAUAAAAUCGUUCAUAAACAGUCGCAUUCUGUAUCACUGAAGUUUUAAUUAAUUUUGUUUCUUUGGGUUCGUGCAAUGUUGCCUGGAGAUAUGGGAUGGGAAACAUUCAUUCGGCAUCAGGGAUAGGUUGAAGAUAGAACUUGGAGCAAAAGGAAGUGGCUAAAGACAUCACUGAUAAAACCACUUCCUAUCUUAAAUCACGAUUAUGUCAUCUUAGCACACUCAGUUUUAUUUCCCUUUUCCAGCAUUCACUAUCUCACUCCUUAUCCAAACUUUUUAUGAUUAUUUUUAAACCUUUAAAACAUCAAACUAGCGUCUUUUCCGUUUUAUUUUAAGAUUUUCAUAACGAGCUCAGAGCAGUGAAAAAUAAAAAAACUUGUUCAGUUCAUUUUAAGGUGAAAAAAUAAAAUUUAGUAAAUUGUGUACUUUACAGAUUGUUGGAGUCUCUGGGGGUACAAUAAUAUCCUUAAAGAUACUUAUUACUGUGAUAUUAUAAUUUAUAUAUUUAAUUUUUCGCAUCAAGCUGUCAGAGGAGUUUAACGAAAUGCACCAAGGCAGUGAUCGAGCAACAUUUGCGCAAUUUUGUUAAAUUUAGCCGUUUUCUCAUAAACCGUAGUAUCGACUGGGUGCCUGGGUGCAGCUCCGUUGUUUUAAUUUUCUUCUGUGGGAAUGUGUACUGCACCAUUUGAUGAAGUGUUGUUGAAGCUAGUUGCCUUGGAGCAGAAAGCAUCCCGACUGCAUUAGGGUGGGUUUGUCUUAUCUGGACGUACAGGACAUUCAAAACGUUUUCCGUUGUUUUGUUACAACUGUUAAUCUGUUUCAAACUGCGAUGCUUGUGAAAAGGUUUGUGGUGUUUUGUUAAAGCUCUCCUUCUCUCAGACAGCCUGUGGGUGAGUGGGGUGUUGACGUGUUCAUAACAUGAUAUUUUCAUUCGUCUUUCUACAGAUCAUUGUGAGGUGAGCGCUUAUGAAUUAUUAAAUUAUUGAAGUGAAUUGUAUUUUCCAUUUGUACGAAGAAGAGAAUAAAAAUUCAUAUAUCAGA